GAAGAGAGCGAGAGAGAGCGAGCGAGCGCGCGGCCACUGGACUCCAUUAACGCGAAUCCCUCCAGGAGCUCCGCCGCUGGACUUUAACUGGUUUUCUUUCGGGAACCUUCCUCAUGAUAGGAUUAAACACACGACUGAAGGAAAGAAAACUCGCUUACUGUUGAAGUUCGGGACACUGAAGUGCUGUUUUGUGGAUUUGCGUCGCUGUAUUCGUGAAGGAUGGCGUUGGAUGGUAUACGAAUGCCAGAUGGCUGCUAUGCAGAUGGCACCUGGGAACUGAAGAUGCACGUUACUGACCUGAACAGAGACGUCUCAUUGAGAGUCACCGGCGAGAUUCACAUCGGUGGUGUGAUGCUCAAACUUGUGGAGAAACUUGAUGUGAAGAAGGAUUGGUCUGAUCAUGCCCUGUGGUGGGAGAAGAAAAAGACCUGGCUGCUGAAGACUCACUGGACUCUUGAUAAAUAUGGCAUUCAAGCUGACGCCAGGCUGCUCUUCACCCCACAGCACAAACUCUUACGACUUCAGUUGCCCAACAUGAAACACAUGAGGGUAAAAGUCAACUUCUCUGACCGAGUCUUUAAGGCCGUGUCCGACAUCUGCAAAACCUUCAACAUCCGCCAUCCGGAGGAGCUCUCUCUAUUGCGCAAACCACGCGACCCCAAGAAGAAAAAGAAAAAGCUGGAGGAGGCAGAGGAGGAGGCGCUUGAGCUGGAAGGACCACUGCUCACCCCUGGAUCAGCCUCUGAGGUAAUAUACAUUGGACCGGUGAAAGGGAGCAUCUACUCCAGUCCUGGACUUUACAGCAAGACCAUGACCCCUACAUAUGACUCUCGAGACGGCAGUCCUCUGUCUCCCACAACAGCGUGGUUUGGAGACAGCCCGCUGUCAGAGGGCAAUCCCAGCAUCCUCGCUGUCAGCCAGCCCAUCACCUCUCCUGACAUUGUGGUGAAGCUCUACAAACCACAGUCUUUGUUGGAUAAGGCCAAGAUCAACCAGGGGUGGCUGGACUCCUCCAGAUCACUGAUGGAGCAGGAUGUGAAGGAGAAUGAGGUUCUUUUACUGCGGUUCAAGUAUCACAGCUUCUUUGACCUCAAUCCUAAGUAUGAUGCCAUCAGGGUGAACCAGCUGUAUGAGCAGGCCAAAUGGGCUAUCCUGCUGGAGGAGAUCGAAUGCACUGAGGAAGAGAUGAUGAUGUUUGCAGCGCUGCAGUACCACAUCAACAAGCUGUCCAUCAUGUCCUCAGACAAUCAUAUGAACAACAGUGAGAAGGAGGUGGAUGAGGUGGAUGCUGCUCUGUCAGACCUGGAGAUCACACUAGAGGGAGGAAAGACCUCCAACACACUGGGUGACAUCACAUCUAUUCCUGAAUUGGCCGACUAUGUUAAAGUCUUCAAACCAAAGAAACUCACUCUGAAGGGAUACAAGCAGUACUGGUGCACAUUUAAGGACAUCACGAUCUCCUGCUAUAAGAGUCGCGAGGAGGCGCACCUCACGCCAGCGCAUCAGAUGAACCUGAGAGGUUGUGAAGUCACACCAGAUGUGAACAUCUCAGGUCAGAAAUUCAACAUUAAGCUGCUAAUCCCUGUAGCAGAUGGUAUGAAUGAGAUUUGGCUGAGAUGUGACACGGAGAAGCAGUACGCUCAGUGGAUGGCCGCCUGUCGUCUGGCCUCUAAAGGGAAGACGAUGGCAGACAGCUCUUAUAAUCUGGAGGUGCAGAACAUUCUGUCGUUCCUGAAGAUGCAACACCUGAACCCUGACCCUCAGAUCAUAGAGCCCAUCAGCACAGACAUCAACUCUGAGUGUCUGGUGUCACCACGCUAUCUGAAGAAAUACAAGAACAAGCAGCCAGGCUUUGUCAGGGACUUGAUUUCCGCCCGUAUUCUGGAAGCUCAUCAGAAUGUGGCCCAGAUGAGCCUGAUCGAGGCCAAGAUGCGUUUCAUUCAGGCCUGGCAGUCCUUGCCGGAGUUUGGAAUGACCCAUUUUCUUGCCAAGUUUCAGGGGGGCAAGAGAGACGAGUUGAUUGGCAUCACUUACAACAGACUGAUCCGCAUGGAUGCCAGCACAGGUGACGCCAUCAAGACCUGGCGCUUUAGCAACAUGAAACAGUGGAACGUCAACUGGGAGAUCAAGAUGGUCACGGUGGAGUUUGCAGACGAGCCCAGUCUGGCUUUUAUCUGUGCGGAGGUCGACUGCAAAGUCGUGCACGAGUUCAUCGGCGGUUACAUUUUCCUGUCCACGCGUGCCAAGGACCAGAACGAAUCUCUAGAUGAAGAGAUGUUCUACAAGCUGACCAGCGGUUGGAUCUGAGCGCUGCUCGUCCUUCAGCAUCAGGGGAGGGGAUUGACUUUAUUUUACUUUAACACUUCUUUUCUUUUUUAACUGCGCCAACACGGUCACAUCAUUAUUGUUACAAAACUGACGUGUUUGUUACAUUUUCGCUCAUGAAUGCGUUUCUGACACUAGCAGAAGAUCGUCGAGAUGUCGUGAGUCAGCGGAGAACGCUUUUGCUCUCUCAGAGACGUCGCCCGGUCUGAUUUUACUGCUUCACCCCAGCUAUUAUUAUGCUGUCAAAAUGAAGCAGUUUGUCACCCUUGUGCGUUGCUAGUGCGAUACCUUUCACCCUAAAUAGAAAUAUGCCAGCCUUUGCACCAAGAAAAUGCCAAUCUAUUUAUUUGUCACUAACUUGUGUAACAUUUACAUUGUGUUUCUGGAUAAUCGUUGGAUGUUGCGGUGAUCAUUUGUGCCUAUUAAUCAUUUAUAUGCUAACUGCAGCGCAUUAAUGUGAUGUCAUAGAGACACUACAGAAGGAAGUUGUUACACUAGCUGUAAUGUUGCUGCUUGUCAAGAGAUCUGAAUAGUAAAGAUGUAACACUACAGUCGAAUCAUGAGAUAAUGAUGUCAUUCAUAAGCACUUCUAUCGUCUAUGCAUAUAUAAGCUGUAGUAUGAAGUGUCUGUGUUUGUAUUGGGUGCUUUUAGCUGUCAACACUAAAUUUUAGGACGGAUAUUUUUUUACACUAUGAUGGUGGUCGUCCACUUUUUUUUGUAGCAAGCGGCUUGAAAUGCAGCAACAUAGGAGAACGGUCAUGAAGUAAUGAAUUUGUUUUGAAGGGUCAUUGAUUUCCAAAUGUAGGAUGUUUCUUAUUUUAUUUUAUUUUUUAUUUUUUUUUGAAGUCUGCUAUUUUAUCAUCACUCUUUAUUGAACCAGUAUAGUAUUAUUCUAAAGCAUUUCUUUAUAAUGCAACAGCGAAGGUCACUGAAAAAAGAAAAAAAAGAAAAAAAAUCCCAUGCAAUGUCACAUUUUUUUCUUUUCAAUAUGAAGGAUCGCUAAAUGAAGUAUUAGUUUUUGUAUCUAAUGUAAAAACACAGGUUUUAAAGAAUUGUACAGUUUAGUUGCUGCUUUUUUCUGUCAUUUUUCGGAAGUGUAUUUUUUCCAGAAAAGAUGGGAAAAAGCCAUUUUUUCACAUUUAGGAUCAGAUGCCUGCCAAUGUUACGGUCUUAUGGAGAAAUAUAUAUAUAGAUAUAUAAAUGCAUAUGAAGAAAUGUUUGAAAGAAACUCAUUUACAUUAUUUUAUAUCUCUUGAUAUGAGGUUUUUCCUGCCUUAACUAAUAAAUUAAUAUCCAUACUCAUUUGACUCGGCUGCUGAAACACACAUCCUUUAAAAAAGUGUUUCAACACAACACAACACUAAUGAAGUGCAGCAAAAUUUGUAGUGCGUCACUUUAUUGUCAGUAUUUUCCCAUAUGAAGUUGAUUUUAUCAGUGAGGUUUUGUUUAGUUUGUUUUUGUCAGCAGCGUUUUGCAUGGCCUGCUGUUUUAUGAUUGUAAAAAUGCCAUUUACCUAAAAAUAAAUAAAUAAAAUCAUUUUUAUUUAAAAUCCUAAGGGAAUGAUUCAGCUGAAUGUUUUAUUAAAUGUAGUUCACUGUCACUCAGGUUGUAGUUCUCAGUCUCUAUCACAAGAGAGCAGUCUUGUUGCCAGAUUGAGCUAAUCCAAACCUGUUCAUGCAAAUAAUGAACAAAUGAUUCAAAUAAAGAGAUAUGUCAUUUCA